GUCUUGAUUGGCGGUGCCUAUUUUCUGUUCGUCGCCUCAAGUACCGGUUCUUGGAGGUGCCAAUUUUUGUUCUCUUUAUCUUCUAUCGUUAGAAAAUAAAGCUUUCUAAUUGCUUGCUCUCUGUUCGAUAAAUCCUAGAAGGGAAAGCCAGAGUUUCGUCUUUUGAAUCUUCAAGCCAAGAAAUGGCAACUCUUGCUGAUUCUUUCCUUGCAGACCUUGACGAGUUAUCUGAUAAUGAUGCUGAUCUUGUUGAGGAAGAUGAUGUUGAUGCUGGAAACAUGGAAGAAGAUGUCGAUGGGGACAUGGCAGACAUUGAAGCCCUUAAUUAUGAUGAUUUGGACAGUGUAUCAAAAUUGCAGAAAACUCAAAGAUACAAUGACAUAAUGCAGAAAGUGGAGGAUGCUCUUGAGAAGGGUUCUGAUAUCUCAAAUCAAGGAAUGGUGCUCGAAGAUGAUCCCGAAUAUCAACUGAUUGUUGAAUGCAAUGCAUUGUCUGUUGACAUUGAAAAUGAAAUAAUAAUAAUCCACAAUUUCAUUCGUGAUAAGUACCGGUUGAAAUUUCCAGAGCUCGAAUCACUUGUGCAUCAUCCUAUUGAUUAUGCUCGUGUGGUGAAGAAGAUUGGUAAUGAGAUGGAUUUGACCCUUGUUGACCUGGAAGGGCUUUUGCCUUCAGCUAUUAUAAUGGUGGUUUCAGUGACGGCAUCAACAACAAGUGGCAAACCACUUCCUGAGGAAGUCCUUCAAAAGACGAUUGAUGCAUGUGAUCGAGCCCUUGCUCUUGACUCUGCAAAGAAAAAAGUCCUUGAUUUCGUAGAAAGUAGAAUGGGAUACAUUGCACCCAAUCUUUCUGCUAUUGUUGGAAGUGCUGUAGCAGCUAAGCUUAUGGGAACAGCUGGUGGUCUGUCAGCAUUAGCCAAGAUGCCUGCCUGUAAUGUUCAGCUUCUUGGUGCCAAGAAGAAGAACCUUGCAGGAUUUUCCACGGCAACAUCUCAAUUUCGUGUAGGUUAUAUCGAGCAAACAGAGGUAUUUCAAACCACACCACCUGCUCUGAGAAUGCGUGCUUGCCGACUCUUGGCUGCAAAAUCAACACUUGCAGCAAGGGUAGAUUCUACAAGGGGGGAUCCAUCUGGAAGAACUGGAAGAGCCCUUCGAGAAGAAAUACAUAAGAAAAUAGAGAAGUGGCAAGAGCCUCCUCCUGCAAAGCAACCUAAACCACUUCCAGUUCCCGAUUCUGAGCCUAAGAAAAAGAGAGGUGGUCGGCGGUUGAGAAAAAUGAAGGAAAGAUACGCUGUGACAGACAUGAGGAAGCUUGCCAAUAGGAUGCAAUUUGGUGUGCCUGAAGAGAGCUCUUUAGGUGAUGGAUUGGGGGAAGGCUAUGGAAUGCUUGGUCAAGCUGGGAGUGGCAAGCUGCGUGUGUCUAUUGGUCAAAGCAAACUCGCUGCUAAAGUUGCGAAGAAAUUCAAGGAGAAGAAUUAUGGAAGCAGUGGUGCUACAUCUGGUCUGACAUCAAGUCUGGCGUUUACACCAGUGCAGGGGAUUGAGCUCACAAAUCCACAAGCUCAUGCCCACCAACUCGGCAGCGGAACCCAGAGUACCUACUUUUCCGAGACGGGAACAUUUUCAAAGAUCAAGAGAACCUAAAUUCUGCAUAAUUUAUGUUAGCACCAACUUGGCAGAGGAAUUCAAAAGGACUAUUUUUCUGAUAUAGGUGCAAGAGGAACCAAAUUAUGUGAAAUUUAUCUUACAUGGCCCAGUUUGUUAUCUCUUCCAUGCCAUAAGUGAUGUAACCUCUACAUUAGUUUAACUCUGUAAGUUAUGCAUCAUAGUUUUGGAAUCCGAUUACUUGUUGAGGUUAUUGACCUCUCGAAUGGUCCGGAAAAAAAAAUGCAGGGUAUUCGGGGAGAUGUUCAGGUUGGAAUUCACGUAAAUAUAAUUCAUCUUAGCAGAUUGGAAUUCA